UAUUUACCUUUCAUUCUGCGUUUUACAGAAAAAUUGUUAAAAUUCAUUAUAUUUAUUUACAUUUUGCACCGAUCAAACUACGGAAGACAUCAUGCAUGUUUUAUUUUCAAUCACUGUUGCGUGUAUGAUAUUUGGUGCAGGUCGAUGCAUUACUUGCCAUGAAUGUAACAUCUACGGGAGCGAAACGGAUGUGCAUUGUCCUCUGAGGGAAUGUCCACCUGAAUACAGCGUUUGCUCAACAAUAACGUACACACCAACCGCAGAUCCUGAUUUAGGAGAAUUGGACUGCUAUCACGAACAAGACAAUGGUACUUCAUACAGAGGGACGUGGAGUACAACAAUCUAUGGGCAGGAUUGCCUUCCCUGGGAUGCAAGCGAAAAUUUCACAUACGCUGCAAGCCACGGAAUUCCAGGACUUGGAAGUCAUAACCAUUGCAGAAACCCAGAUGGUGAUUUCAGACCUUGGUGUUAUACAACGUAUGAUUCUGAUUUUUCGUAUUGUGCUGUCCCGAAAUGUUUCACUCAUUUGAUUCCAGUGGAAGAAAGACGAUGUGGCUGGAAAAAUCAAGAAUAUUGUAAAGACGACAACAUGGGAAAAGUCUGCACUGAAGUCUGUGAUGAAGAUAAUUGCAACGUUCCGCCAGACUACGAGUUCGAAAAAACAGAGCGAAUGUUAACUGAAGAUCCUACUACAAGUACAGCACUAGAAACAAGUGCGGCUGUAAAAACUAGCACCUUUAUCAGCAUGCAGCAGACAAGCAAAGGCGAAAAGCAUGUUGUCAGCAGAGACGAGAGCGCUAAAUUAGGGAGAAGCAGCCAUCUCCGACAGGAACAAGACAAUGAUGACGGUGACGAAAGUGGAAGCAUCACUACCAGACCGUCUUUUAUUUUAAUUUCUUUAAUUGCCCCACUUUUCGCACUGUUAUUUUAAUGACCUUUGAACUUAUUUAAUAUUUUAUUCAGUAAUUUUUUUGAAGGUUAUUUCUUUAUAGCUUACUAGCUACAUUGACAACAUAAUUAUAAUGUUAUAUUUAAAAUUUGACUGUUUUUGACAUGAUUGUUUUAAAAAGAGCGACCCUCGAGACAUACAUAAGAAUAUGAAUCUUGCCAGCAACGCCCGUUUGACACCAUAUUCACGGAGUCAGUUGCUAAUUUUAAGAGUUUUGAAGUCAUUCUCUGUGAAAAGUAUUUUCAAACGAAAGUCAACGCCUUCACUAUCCCCGGUAAAAUAUUGUUCCCCACUCAUUUCUUCAAUGCUAUUUCUCCUUUUUUAUAUUUCAUAAACGUCGUUUUAUUAAAGAAAAUUACCGAUUUGGGGAUCAGGUUCAUUUUUGUAAUAAAAUACUUUCGAAUAAA